ACGUGGAUUGAAAAUUAUAAUGUUGAAGCGUAGCAUUGGAGUUGGUUAAAAGCAAGGCUGGUUUUGCUUGUAUGACUUUAGACCCCGACUGGUAUCAUUGUCACACCAUACAAAUGCUCUAUGUUGGAAUUCACACAACAUGUUUACGGCUUUCAGAGACUUGCUUUAAUUUUGGGGCUCCUCGCAGUGUUCACUGUAUACAAUGUUGCGAACGAUCUCCACUCGAAUUCGUGCACUGGAGAGCAAUCGACCGCAAAAAGGAACUCAUUUAAUUUCCGCAAGUUUGGGAACGAGACGGGUUUAGAGGACUGUGUCGAUCUGUGUUGCAGAAAUGAUGCGUGCGAGCUGGCGAUAUUUUCGCGCGGUUUUCAUUGUUAUGGUGUUUCAUGCGACAAGCCGGAACUUUGCCACAAGAUACUAGACCGACUGUUAAUGGAGGAUGAAAGACAACUGCAGCGAAACCAAAGGAAUGCAGAAACUACAGACUUUAUCAGGCACACGUCACAAGUCACCAACCCAAGGUGUCCCAAACGCUUUGUACCCAGCUUUCAUGUCCUUCUCCUCCCUGCGAGUACAACUCGCGAGUUUCACAAAUUGUCUCAGCAGUCGGAAGAUGGAGGCCAGUGCAGUGCACAGUGCUGUAGGUCACGGGAAUGCUUGCUCUCUUUCAUCGAAGGUGGAGAGUGUUAUGGCGUGACUGGUUUAUGGGCUGAUGGUAGAAGUACAAAGAGUGCACGAGAACCUACCCUUGGUUUAGAAAUUGCUAUAAUUGAUCGAAAUAAAGAGGUUUCAAGAAGCUUGGAUGAUGGGGAUGAGGACCCAGAUGAUAUAGGUUCCGAUGACAGCGAUAUAAAGUCGUCAGACGUUGAAUCGUCUAGGCCUCGGCCAACUGAAGGCGACAGCAACCUGCAGACAUCAAAGGCUAGCAAAAUAUCCUCAACUACAAGAGUAACAGUUGCAAAAGCCAAGGAGAGCGUAUUCUCAAACAGGAUACCGACCAAAGGACGUACAAAACAUAAAGCACAGGUCGCAACUCUAGGGCAUGGACAGCAUCUGUCAAAUCGAUCCGGACCGAAGCAUCCCAAAUUGUUUACCACGAAGAGAAUUACGAAAAAAGGUGUACCAUUUCAUUUUAAAGGCGUUGGAAAGAGAACAACUCCUCCAGUUUCCCAAAAAAGGGCAUUCAAAUUGAAUUCCGACAGCAAAAGUUUGACGAAACAAUCAAGCUCAGCAAUCAAACCUUCGCAAAGGGUGAGCUCCCCUAAAUGUGAAAAUGUAACAAAGGUAAAACUAAAAGCAAAAGUUUGGAAGGCUGCUGCAACCAGACAAGGAACCCAAAGAAUAGAAACUGGAAGAUACUCUAAGAGAAAGCAUAAUGUCAGACAUAUGAAACAAACCACAGAGACAACUACUGUGAUAAAACCCAGCAGUAGUAGUUUUAAACUAUCAAGAAAUAGCGGUAUAAGUUUUGAAAUUGGCGAGAAAAAGCUCGAUACUCAUUACGAGGGGUCCACUACACGUCUGGUGGAGGGAACAGACCAAGAAAACUCUCGCGACGAUGAAGGUUCAUUGAGUGGAUCUGAUAGUAUCAGUGGAGAUCAGAGAUAUUUUGGAAAAGACCGUGUGUUCAGCGGACAUGAUGCUUUCAGCGGAGAGAGUGGAUUUGACCAUAUCAGUAGAGAUCGCAGAUAUUUCGGCAAAGAACAUGAAUCGAGCGGACAUGAUGAUUUCAGCGGAGUAGGUGAAGACGAUGUGAGUGGGGACCUUGAAGAUUUGAGUAGAAAUGGUAACGAUUUGAGCAAGGAUGGCGAGGAUUUAAUGGAAUAUGCCAAGGUGCCGAGUGAAGAUGGUUCGGUUAAACAUCAUUUGAGUGAUAGUGACAGUAGUGGAUAUGACAUUGGGUUCAGUGGAUACGCAGAAAAUUCAGGUGGAAGUAAAAAAGACUGGAGUAAAAAUAAAGUUAGCUCCACCGAAGACGGGAACGGACCAUAUAAGAUAAAUCAUAGUCUAAAGCCUAAACUGCAUCAAGGAGAAGACAAGAACGGGAACGUUGCAAGAAAAAAAAUUGAUCUCAUCAAAGAUUUGGAAGAACUUGGGUCAGAUAAAGAUAACAGUAGAGUGCUCGGUAAGCAAGCCUCGAAGAAAGUUCCAAAAGUUCCUCGUGUCCUGGCAUCUGGUACAAAGAAGGACCAGAACACCAAAAAAGGAAGAGAUGAAAGAAUGAAAUCAAAAAAGGUUCACUUUGAUCUAAAAAGUUCUGGAAAAAUAAAGAACCAGUCAAGUUCCAAAAUAUCAAGUAAAUUUCAAAGGAGCUCAUUGGAUGGUAGGAAUAAAUCUAGAAUCGAUGCAAACAUUGGUACAGGGAAUGUUCAGACGACUUUCAAACACCGUCUCCCUAAAACUCGACCUACAAGCCCUCGACUGUCUCAAAAUAAAGAAAGUUAUCGGAACAGAAUAGCCCAAAAUGAAAUGCUUGAUGUUAAAGCAAGCACCGUCACAGUUAAGUUAAAUCCAAACACAAAGAAAAGUUACGAUAAGACAGAACUGUUAACGAGAAAGAAAGUGGGGAAAAAAAGAAUUCGAGAUGGGCACAGGCGUUCGAAGAUAAAAUCGGUCAAGAGGACAGUGAAACGCACCAAACCCAGUGAAAGAAAUCCGUCUGGUCGACUCAUGAAAACAAAAGCUAACGUUACAGACUUGGGUACGAGGCCGUUGCCCAUUCAUGGUGUACGGAAUGUUACCAAUAAGCACAAGUUAACCACAAAAAGGCUCAAGCUUAACAGAAACGCAGCAAACUCUCCCGCAACACAGAUUAUUCCUAAGGCAAUGUCAUCAGGAAAAGUUCGUAACGUUAAAUCCAGUAGCCUUCGUAGCAAAGGAAAAGCUAAGGUCACUCGAACAGGAGACAAUGCGACUUCACAUAGACCAUCGACCAGGGACAAGAGUGUAAAGGAUCAAGAAAAACAGGUAAAACUUAAUGGCAAAUCCAAAUCCAGUUCGGAAAAAUUGAUGGCAAAGGUUGGUCAAGUAAUCAACCAAAAGAAGCGGAAAUCUCUAGAGUUGGGGAGAUUCCACGAGAGUGACCGGUUACAAAGCAAAGUUAAAUCCUUGACAGAUAACGACGAGAAGCCGACUACAUUGGGAAAUAAAACAGCGCGUCGUAAAAUAACCAAAAGUAUGAUUGCAAAUGUUAACUCCGCAAUAGCGGACACUGGUGAUCUUAUGCAAUAUGCGCAUCGCAAAGUGUCCGUUGGGCACAAAAUAACGCAGAAAAUUACACCCGGACGUAACGGCUCCAAUGCGAAAGGUAAAAUGCCACAGAAAACCGCUUCAUCGACCAAAGCAAUGGUUCGUAAGGACGGUCAUAGCAUGUACAAGACCAGUCCAAAGGACACACUGCAAAACAAACUUCUGAAUGUUCAUCGAAAACCUCGCGUCAAACAUAAGAAACAAAAUAUUAUGCAUGGACGGAGGGCACCGAUUUCGCAUCCACCGGCCAAGACCUCGGAGAAAGGAGUCAAUAAAAAGGAGUCAAAAGUUAGUACUCAUCAAGAUCUUAUGUUGUCUUCUGGUGAAGGGAGCUUUUCUUCGAAAGAAAACCGUUCAUUUGUAUCCCGCAUUACCUUUUCACCCCAUCAUUCCAUGUAUACUCUAAAAAAAAAUUCGUCCUGGUUGUCUACAAAGCAACGCAGCAAUAGCAAUGCCUCUGACGUCAAGUCUACGUUCUUGGGUCAUUUUGUGAACGAUAGUGGUGGUAUUAAUGGUAUCGAUUUCUCAGUUAAAUCCAGUGAAAAGCACCAUAAACAUAACAGUAAACACCGUUUAACCGUUGAUCUGGACGACUUAGGAGACGCUGAUUUUGAUAUAAUGAUGUCCAAUGAUAUUCCUCACAAGGAAGUACCCAAAAAGUCGAAGGGAAAAAAUCAUAAACAUUUAAGUAACAGCAACAAAAUAUAUGAUGAUAGUAGAACAGAGAAGAAAAGGAAGCACAACUCCCAUUUGAAUAACGAGGAUGACAACGCCAGAGGAUCGUUCCACGAACACAAAGACCAAAGUGAGGCAACGAGCAAAAGUAAACUCCAUCGACACCAUCAUCAUUCCCACAAGGAAGGAAAUAAAGAUAGAAACGAGGAAGAUGAAGAGAGAACCUCCAAAGACGAAGAUGAUCACAAAAAUCUCGAGCGUAAAUUGCGUCAUCACCAUAAGCACCAUGAUAAUACCAAUGCUGUAGAACAGAAAGACGACGAAGACGAGAAUCACCAGCAUAGUGCACACAAGGAACAUGUGCAUUAUAAAAAGAAAGAAAACAACGAAGAAGGUGGUGAGGAUAACAGGGAAGAUAGGAAGCAUAUAGGGCACCACCAUGCUGAGCAAGACGAAAGUGCUCGUUCAAAUGAUGAUCGGAAGAUGAAACAUCAUCGCCACCAUAAGCAUCAGGGUCACGAUGAUAUACCAAAAAUAAAAUAUGAUGACAAUCAUUGGCAGGGGAAGGUUAUUCCUGGGAGAGUUAAAAUUACGUAUGAUAAAGACAAAACUAAGAAGCGACAUCAUCGCCAUCACAAGCAUAACAUCCAAAACGAUGAUGACAACUUUGAAACAAGAGAAAAUCACCAUAAGAGGAAAAAAUCCUUUAAAGCACACGAAAUGGAUAGCGAUAGCGACGACAAUACCAGUAACAGAAAACUUCUAAAACAUUUUAAGGAAAAUGCUAGAGUGAGAGAGAGUGAUGACGAUGAUGAAACGGGGGAAAAGCGUACAAGUGACAGAGGUAACACUCAUAAGAAACAUGUCGCAGAAAAAGAGGAAAGUGCAGAAGAGAAAACGGACGUAAAUUAUGAAGAGGUGAUAAAGAGUCGGCAUAGGGCAUCUCAUGAUGAAGACGAUAACGAUCAUUCCGAUGAAUCUUCUGAAAGCCAGCGAGAAGGAAAAGGAGACAAUGAUGAGAGACAAGACAACGACAAAGUCAACGAGGAAGACAAAGGUGAUGAAGAUGACCAUGGCGACUAUCGUGAAAAUAAGAAAAAUAAUCGAGUAGUUGUAGGCGAUGAUUCUGGAGGUGACGAAGAAGAAGAAGAUAAACAAACAGAGGAAAGUCACGAUGAAGACAGAUACUGGAUUAAGCACAACCACCAUGAACAAGAAGGUGCUAGUAACAAGGAAGAGGAUCAUGAAAAUAGAAAUCAUAAGGAAUAUCACAAACCUCAUUUUCACCAUGAACAUUGGGAAUCUGAACACAGGCACCAUGAAUCUCAUUUGGAAUCAAAGGCAAGGGAUGAUGAUAGUAGUGAUCAUUUUGGCGGUGAGGUGCAGAAUAACUUCAAACAUCGAAGACGAAAUUUCAGAAAAUCCAAGAUUUUUCACAGGGAGAGGAAGAAGGAAUGGAGGCAACAUCAUGAAGCAGAAGACGGAAAUGAAGAAACUGAAAAUGAUAACCAAGAAAGAAACUUUGAAAGCAGCCAUAAAGAGCACCAUUAUCAUUAUAAACGCCCGGACUGGAAAAAUGACAAGGAGGCAGAAGAGUAUAAGGAACAUGACGAGCAAAAAGAAACAUAUGAACGGGAUCCUUUUAGGAAUAACGAAGAAGAUAAUGUAAGAAAUCACGAACAUAUCAAUGAACAGAUCCCAGACUAUGAAAAAGAGCGCGAGGAUUCAGAAGACUCUCGUUCUCGUGAUAGAAUGGAGGAACGCAGACCAAAUGAAGAAUCCGGAGAACACAAACACAAACACUAUUAUCACGAAAAGUUUCAUCACUUUCCUCAAGAUGAUGGGGCUACAUGGAAAAAUGAAGGAGACUUUGAAGGGGGGAAAUAUGAAAAAGGAGAUGUUCCACACAGACAUGAACAAGUGUACAACCACCGGCUUCUGGAUGAGAACGAGAAGCCUCAAGAGGAUAAUAGAGACCAUGAUGUGCACUAUUUCCACGGUCCUAAACAUAAACCGAGGCCCUGGGAGAAAUGGCACCGGAAGAAUCGCCACCACUCUUAUGAGAAAGUCGACCCCGAAUUUGAGGGUACUGGGGGCCCGUUUGAUUCUUCGGCGUGGAUGCGCGUUUACAGUUCUGAUAAUGAUGAUUACGAUCAAUAUUAUGGUGGUGAAGGUAAUCAGGAAUACCAUGGACGUAAACAUUCUAAGCACAAACAUCGUAAACAUAGGCAAAGCUAUGAAUAUUUGGGUUACGGAAAUCAAAACCCCUCAUAUUAUGAUUACAACUAUCAAAAUUCUAGAGCUCCGUUAGGAUACUAUAAGCCGAGGUCUGAAUUUCGCUCUUACUAUGAAUGGCGUAAAGAGCAUUACCGUGACUAUGAUAGGUGGAAACCGAAACCUUCUAGAUGGUACCCAAAUAAUGAGCACUGGUAUAGGAAAUCAUCUUGGGCACCUCUACAAGAGAAAAGACCCGCAGACGUUCAGUGGAAGAAAUUUUACGAAAACAAUGGCAUUCUACCUAUACCUACCCCUUACCCCGAGGAUCCGUCAAACCGUGGGCGACCAACAAAUCCACAAUGGAAGCCACAUGAUCAAACACAGAACAGCUUUGGGGAAAAUAACUGGUCCUCAGACCAUUAUCCCGGUCAAGGAGACAGAGGAAGUGAGGAUCAAAACCAAGAACAAUACAAUGACUGGAGUAAAAAUGGACUCCCUCUUCCUUUAAAACAGGGUGGUUACAGGCCACAGCAAAACCCAGCCGUACCUGAGUCGCAGCCAUGGAGAAAUAUCAAUACUUCCAAACAUGGUGACGGACAACAAUCAACAGGAGUUCAGUCGCAAUAUGUUCCUCCUGCUCCACAAAACUAUAAUGGAAUCGUUAAUCGGACAAAGUUUCGCCCAACGAUCCGCCGGCAAAAUCCAGCUGGUUCAUCACCACAAUUAUCAGGCCCAACGAGUAUUAACCAGAUCAAAAACAUUAUGGAUAAGUUGAACACUCCACCUUCGACUGCCAAUGUCCAACAAACCAAAGCUGCUCCCCCAGUCAAACAAGGUAGACUGCGCAAUGCGACUAUCAACAAAGAUGGAGUUCCUAAGACCAACUUGACCACCACAGACCAAUGGAAAGAUAGAAACCGUCUGAAUGGAUUUUUCAAGGAAGAAAACAAUGGAAAGAAAAAGUCGGAGAUCUUGCGUCCUGCGAAUAGGAGCGAGGAUCAACAAGCUGAAAACAAUUCAAGUUCUAGAGGAAACGCAUCACAGCAUGCCCAUCUAACGCCACAGACGACCAAUUUACCUCCUAAACCUCCUUCCAACCAAGUCAAAAAUAAAACGACAGAAGGUCAUACCAAUCCACCACAUGCAGCAGGAAAUCAAACUAACAAGCCUACUGCGCCCAUACGAAAGAGCUCCCCGACAACUGCCAAGUCCACCUCUCAGACAACCACUGAAAACACUCCGGCAGCACCAAACUUUGGAGAUGUCUCUCAAUCCGAUGAUUCAUCAGAGACGGGAAAGAAACAUCGGAAACACCGGGCUCCUAUCUGCAUGGCGGGUAAAACAACAGACGACGUCACUUUACUGCGUGGUAAAAAGGCGGGAAAUUUUACUAACAUUGGCGACGUGGGUGACUUUGAGAUGUGUAUCAAGCGGUGCUGUCAGACGAAGACAUGUGACUUGGCUUUUAAGUCUGCAGAGACUUGUUUCCUGGUCGACUGCCUCAAUAAAGAGUCGUGCAAGACUACUGAGUCCCUGGAUGACAUAUUCAGCCCUCGGAUGUGUUUUGUGAAAAGGCAUUUGAGUGACGACGAAAAAGACGAUCAAGGACAAGACGGGGAAGAUGAAUGGGACGACAAGGUCUCUCCUUCAGGAAUUCGAGAAGUUUGUAAUGUGGAAAAGGCUCUUGGAAUUUUCUGGAAGAAAACGAUCGCGGGGCGUUUCUCUGCGCAUCCGUGCCCACGCGGCGCCAAAGGUUUCGUAAGGCGCCGUUGCGAAGCUGAUUCAAGAUGGCUGCCGCCUGACUUCAGUGAUUGUGUGUCUAAUGACUAUCAGGAUCUCUACGACAAGUCUAGAAAGCUUGCCGUUGGAGCCGAUCCAAGUCCUCUUAUCCGGGAACUCUCACAGUUGACAACUCAGAACAUCGAUAACUCCUUGAUAUUUGGAGGAGACCUGACCCGAGCUACAGAUAUUAUGGCCGCUAUAGUACAGCAUAACGGACAAACUGAAUUCUUAGAGAUGACCAGAGAGGAUGUAGAGAAUUUUGUGAGAGCCAGCAGUAAUCUCCUGGAUAUGACAAAUCAACAGGAAUGGUUCAAUAUCCAAAAGAAUAAACCAGGGUCAGCGGAUGUUCUGCGAGCCAUGGAAAUGUUUGCACUUCAAGCGGCCAGACGACUUUCCCGGGAAGAUAUGGCGGAACCGACAAUCACUAACAAUAUAGUUAUCAAGAUGGACAGAAAGUCCGCAGGGGAUGAUGGUCUGACUUUCCCAGACUUUGCUAAUCCAAGAAUAAAUCGCUGGGAUGCCAGACAUGACGUCAUUGCUCUUCCUUCAUCUGUAUUUGCUCAAACUACAAAAGACGUGAGUGUCGCUACAAUCAGUUUUAAAAGUUUGCCGUACUUGCUUCCCGAUUCUAACGUCAGUACUGGUCUUGGUCCAAAUUCCAAAGUGAUGUCAACGGUACUGCACCCCCACCCCCAGGGGAAGAUUAACCCACCCGUUACUAUAGUGCUCAGCCACAUCAAGCGGAAGCGUGGAAAUCCUAAAUGUGUAUUUUGGGAUUAUGCACUAAGUCCCCACAGAGGCGGAGCGUGGUCAUCACGUGGCUGCUGGCUAGCAUACAAUAACCACACCCACUCAAUCUGUCAAUGUAGUCAUCUUUCAAACUUUGCCGUCUUGAUGGAUCUCUCAUCGGACGAGGUUUCGCAAAAGGAACAGAAGAGGGAGAGGACAAUGGCUUUGAUGUGGAUUGGUAUUCCUGUACUCAUCGUGGGAGUAAUUGGUGGCCUGUACAUGUCUUUUAGCUGGAAUCGAAAAACAGGAAUGCCCAGCACCGUAACGAGGCCUUCCGGAGCACUGAACGAAAAAACUGGUUUGCUUGGACAGAGAGUGGUAACAAGUCAAGUGCGCGAAGAAUUCCCGCCAUCACCAACACGUGACCUUUAUCGCGCUCUGUCUCCUGGGUACUCGCCGACUGGUGAUCUUGAAUGGCAAGACGAGUUCGAUUUUGAGGUGGAGCCUGGUGACCAGGGAUUCAAACAGAUGCUUUUGCCCAAGUUCCAGAUGUUACAAAAUCAUCUGAUCAAUGAAUUCUAUGAUAGCGAGAAGAUGGAGACGAAAACGAAAAAACUCUUGGACACCAAGAUCCAACAAAAGCCCCAGAUCACAACCAUCAGUCCAGUACAACCGCCUUCAGAUCAGUCAAAUCACAGUCAAAAGACGAAGUCCCAGAGCACGGUAAUUGACCUUGCACAAUCCGAAAGGACACUCACAAGACAGAUAAUUGAACCGAAGUCUCACUUUACGACCGACUGCGUAAUGAGGUCACAGACUUUUAAGACAACACGUAGACAACCGAAGUAUCCUGUUAGAAAACUUCGAGUGAGAUUUGCGGAUGAAAGUCCACCAAGACGAAAUCUCACUGAUGAAGAUAAGGAGCGUUUUAAAAGGCUUCAAAAAAUGGAAAGAAGAGUCUUCGCUCAGCAUCUCAGUAGAUGGACAGCCAGUAGCCAUCUCAAUUUGUCAGAGUAGAUAUUUUUUUUUAAAUAAUAUGUUUGUGAAUACAUUUAUAAGUCACAUACUUAGCAAACAUUUACAAGACGUUAUUUUAUAACCCGCUCACUCAUUCACAAAUUCUUAAGAACUUUCCAAUACAGGAUAAAUUUUCAAGUUGAAUAUUGUCAUGUUGAUUUCAAAAGUCAUUUGAAACGAGGAAUUUUUGUGUCCCGGGGAAAGUGCCGGGAUUUCGAUAAAAUUCUUUCUCCGGCAUUCUACUGCCAGCUAUUCAGGACCUUUUACCGCCCUCUGUUGAGCCCGCGAACAGGCUCUCGUUUUUGGGUUUCCGGCCUUGCGGUACAGCCUGCUAUAACACCAUCCGCAGCCGCUCAUGGAAAACGUAAUUGAACCCCAUCUAAGCAGCGAAGCAAAAGACCUUUGGCCUCAUUUUCAAGGUGAAACCUGGUGCCCAUCCUUUCAUAUGAUGAUAUGUUUUCAUUCGCAUGCAAAUUAGACUCAUUUUCCAAGGAAUGGCUGAGCACCAGGCCUCGUUUUGAGAAAGAAGCGAAAGGUAAAUCGGAAAUGGCCUAUUCGUUGAAAAAACGUUGUCUACAGUCUAAAAGGUUGUAGGUUCCAUGGGAUUGGCUAGGUAUACCAACAUUACUGCUGUGUUAAAAAGCAAUAUUGCACCCAUGAUGUUAUGAGAAAAGCUUGACGGUUCAUUCGUCUGCUCGAGCGAAGCGCCUGACAAAAUUUACGGCUUUUCAACAAGUUAUUACUAAAUUUGGUUUCCAGUGACGUCUAAAAGUAGGACCAACAUGUUUUUUUUAAGAUCCACACGGACACGAGGCGUAAUCACAAGCAGAAUUCACACUGCGGGCUCACACAACCCUUUACUCCCAAAAUCUGACUAUUAAUUCUCCCCUCUGGCUGCAGAACAUUUAUUUGUGAAUUAGUUACAAGAAGUUGGUAUUCGAUCAAGAUAACAACUUCUACCUGAUAAGUUUGAGUAUUCUCAUUACCUGUUUUCUGGAUAAUAUAUGGAUAUUAUGGGGAGAAGUUACAUGUUGAUCACUUCUGUGAGUUUAAAGGGUUGAUUCUUAAAUUUAUCAGCUCUUCUGCAUUUUAUAUUCCAAAGACAACAACCCACGUGGUAACGGUAUAUGUAAAUUGCGUUCUAUACUUUUGAUAUAUUUAAAUGAAUAUGUAAAGUGUAAAUAAAAUGCAAUUCCUUCCAGUCUCUUGGAAGACUUGUGUAAAGGAAGUAAAUGUUUAUUUUCCUAGAAAUAACAGAUAAAUGUGGUUAAUUUAUAAAUAGAAAUAUUUUUGUACAUUCCAUUUUUUUACAAAUUUUGUUAGGCGUAAGGAUGUUAUUAAACAUAU